CAAAAAUGGACACAACAACACCGCCCCAAGACCCCGAUCCCGCCGCCUCCGAAAAAGAUCCCACCCACCCCUCCGCCCGGCCCAAAAAAUUUCGCUUCAAAAGCAACACCAGCAGCCGCCGCACCCACCCACGCACCUCAUCACAAGAAGAAAAGCACGCGCGCCACCGCGCGCACCGCGCAAAACGCACCAAACACACCCACCCACGCUCCCCAUCGCCAGACCCAGUCUACACCACCAGCAGCCGUCUCUCACCAGGCGCCGCAUUCCGGGAAUCGCUCUUCGACGCGCUGGGCGACGACGAGGGCGCUGCAUACUGGGAGACGGUGUACGGGCAGCCGAUACACACGUACUCUGUGCCGCAGAUGCGGGGCCCAGAUGGGGAGCUGGAGCAGAUGGAUGAGGAGGAGUAUGCUGCUUAUGUGAGGGCUAGGAUGUGGGAGAGGACGAGGGAGGGGAUGGUUGAGGAGGAGGAGAGGUUGAGGGGGGAGAGGGCGAGGAGGAACCGGAGGGAUAAGGAACGGCGGAGGGAGAGGGACGAGGAGAGGGAUGGGUUUGAGAGGGCUGUGGAGCAGAGUUUGGCGAGGGGGAGGGAGAGGAAGAGGGGGAGGGCUUGGGGGGUGGUUUGGAGGAGGUAUUUGGAGUCUUGGGGGGAGGUGGAUCGGGGAGGGGGAGGGGGAGGAGGGGAGGCGACUAAGCUGCGCAAUUUACUGUUCUGGCCGGUCGAGUCCGGCAAGAGGAGGGAUGUUUGUCGCGAGGCGGUUGAAGAGUUCAUGCGCCAUGCGCCGGUGCCGGCUGGGGUAGAUGCCGAGGGGGUAGAUUCUCGCGAUCUACUGGUAGCUACGCUCAAGGCGGAGCGAGUACGGUGGCAUCCGGAUAAGAUCCAGCAGCGGUAUGGAGUGCUGGGGAUCGACGAGGCGGUGAUGCGCAGCGUGACGGAGGUAUUCCAGAUCGUGGAUGAGCUGUGGGGGGAGAUGCGCGGACAGUCUUAGCAUUAUCUCUCCUUUCCUGCUUGUAUGUUUUUCGGGUUGCAUUAUGGCGUACAGAUACCCUUGCUUAUACUCUGUUUAUUUUUGC